AUGGAGAAAAAUGAAUCCGUUGGAAGCUUCACCACGAAACUGAGUACUCUUGCCAAUGAAGCUGCUGUCCUUGGAAGGAAAUACAAAGACAAGAAACUGGUCAAAAAACUGCUAAGGUGUCUUCCGCCAAAGUUCGCCGCCCAUAAAGCCGUUGUUAAGUACUCAAUGGACACUGAUGACAUGAAGUUUGACACUCUGGUGGGUAUGCUUAAGGCAGAAGAGCUGAAAGCAACUGCUGAUGAAACAGCCAAGCAAAAAAACAUUGCAUUUGCAGAUGCAACGGAAAACAAAAGAGUCAAUCAAGUUGAGGAAAAUCUGAGUCUUCUAGCCAGGAACUUCAACAAAAUAUUGAAGAGGGUUGAGAAGGGUCAGAACAAGAACAUCAGAGGCCAAAGAAAUGACUUUGAGAGGAAUAACUUCCGAAGUACUCGCACCGAUGGUGCGCGUUCUGGAAAGAAGAAAGAUUUGCAGUGUUAUGAAUGUGAGGGAUAUGGACACUUCAGGAGUGAGUGUCCUCUGGCUAAGCAAAAGGAGCUGAAAUGCAUAGAGUGCAAGGAGUUUGGCCACACACGAAACGAGUGUCCAACUGUUCUGAAAUCUCGGGACAAAUCCUUAGUUGCCUUAGGAGAAUCUGAGUCUGGAAGUGAUGAAGACGAUGAGGAAGAAGAUUUGAUGCUGAAUUUUGUUGCUUUUGUGGCUGAUGAAAAAGAACAGGCUGAAAAGGAACCCGAAGAAGUCGCUGGAUCUGACAGUGAAGAUGAGGAUGGUGACUUUGAUGCAAAAGUUGAAUACAGGAAACUCUAUGAGAACUGGGUUCAACUGAGUCAGGAAAAUCUUCAGUUGGUUAAAGAUAAAGCCUUAAUGAAGGCUCAAAUUAACAUUUUGGAGAUGGAAAAAGAUCCAGUGGAAGAAGUCCUUGAAAAGUUGGAGGAUCUCAAGGAUGGAAAGCUUAAUUCAGAUGCUCUUGAAGUUGAGAGGAAGAGGAACAUAGAACUCGAAAGUAAACUCGAGAACUUGAGAGAAGUGUGUAGGUUGGAGAAGGACAAGUGCAUAACUCUUCAAGCACAAGAACUUGAGAGAAGUGUGUAG